AUGGCGUCGGUGACUCCAUACUAUGAUUAUGAGACUUCAGACUAUGAUUAUGGUACAGCCUCCUCAGAUUACCUCUGCGACCUUGACCCCAACCCAGUAGAAGUCAUCACCCAAACUUACAUUCACGCCAUCAUCUGUGCCUUUGGCCUGAUUGGCAACUGUCUUGUAAUCGUCACCUACGUAUUCUACAAGAGAACCAAGACAAUGACGGAUGUCUAUCUCUUCAAUGUGGCUGUAGCAGACCUGAUCUUUGUGGUGGCCCUGCCAUUUAUCAUAUACAACGAGCAGCACAGUUGGUUAAUGGGUGCUGUGGCUUGCAAGAUGCUAAGGUCAGCCUACAGUAUCAACCUCUACAGCAGCAUGCUGCUGCUUGCGUGUAUUAGUGGUGAUCGUUACAUUGCUAUAGUUCAGGCUAGAAGGUCUUUUGGGACACGCUCACAUGCGCUGAUCUACAGUCGCCUGAUCUGCUUAGCUGUUUGGAUGUUUGCAGCAGCUUUAACUCUGCCCACGCUCAUCUACACCGAGCACUUUGAAGAGAAAACUCUAGGGUCUGAUGCUGGCACUGUGAUGUGUCAGCUGUCUUUCAACACUUAUGAAACAGCAAGGCUAAUGAAGGUGCUGGUUCCCAGUCUUCAAAUGGCCAUUGGCUUCCUGCUGCCUCUGUUGGUGAUGGUGUUAUGCUACUCCAGCAUCUUGUUCACCUUGGUGAGAGCACAGAGCAGCCAGAGACACAAGGCCAUCAGGGUGGUUUUGGCAGUUGUUGUAGUUUUCAUCCUGUGCCAUCUUCCCUACAAUGUGGCUCUGCUGGUUCACACCCUGUCUCUUUUCAAGGAGAGGAGCUGUAAGGCAGAACAGGUUAAACUCCAAGUUCUGGCUGUGUCCAGGAGUGUAGCCUACCUCCACUGCUGUCUCAAUCCCAUCCUCUAUGCAUUCAUUGGAGUGAAGUUCAGAAGCCACUUCCAGCAAAUAAUGGCGGACCUAUGGUGCUUUAGCAAAAGGUACAUCUACUCUGCUCGCACUUCACACACAAUGUCCAGUAAUUGUGUUUCAGGCUUCAAAUCUUCAGAUGUCUCUAACAACAUGUCAUCAUUCAGUGUGUGA